AUGUUUGAAGGAGAUUCAGGCUUUGAUGAUCGCGGUGAUCCAAACUUUGAUGGCUUUGAUGAUCGUGAAGAUGAUUCCGGCUUUGAUGAUCGUGAAGAUGAUUCAGGCUUUGACGAUAGCGGUGACUCAGGCUUUGAAGAUGGUGAAGUUGAUUCAGGCUUUGAAGAUGGUGAAGUCGAUUCAGGCUUUGAUGAUGGAGGUGAUUCUUCUGGGAAAUUGAGAGGAUUGCUUUGGAAAAAGAGGCAUAGACCAUGGCAAGUUACAAUACACCGGUUUGGUCAUGAAGAAGAUAAUGAAGAUGGAAGCAACAAGUAUAUUUUUGGAUGUUGUAAAUGGUGUUGGGUAUUUGGUUAUGAUAUGGUUUUGACAGACUUUCUCCUUUUAAGAUUUAAACCCUUUGCGCUUCUACCAGUAACAUAUGUGAAAUCAUGCUCAACUGAUACAUCUGACUUGAUUGUUCUUACAUUGCCUUUUCCAUGA